AUGUCUUAUAGUUCUGUUCAAGUCUCUUUAACUGUCCCCAUGUCUUAUAGUUCUGGGCAAGUCUCUCCAACUGUACCCAUAUCUUAUAGUUCUGGGCAAGUCUCUCCAACUGUACCCAUGCCUUAUAGUUCUGGGCAAGUCUCUCCAACUGUUCCCAUGUCCUAUAGUUCUGGGCAAGUCUCUCCAACUGUACCCAUGCCUUAUAGUUCUGGGCAAGUCUCUCCAACUGUACCCAUGUCCUAUAGUUCUGGGCAAGUCUCUCCAACUGUACCCAUGCCUUAUAGUUCUGGGCAAGUCUCUCCAACUGUACCCAUGCCUUAUAGUUCUGGGCAAGUCUCUCCAACUGUACCCAUGCCUUAUAGUUCUGGGCAAGUCUCUCCAACUGUACCCAUGCCUUAUAGUUCUGGGCAAGUCUCUCCAACUGUACCCUAUCCUUAUAGUUCUGGGCAAGUCUCUCCAACUGUUCCCAUGUCCUAUAGUUCUGGGCAAGUCUCUCCAACUGUACCCAUGCCUUAUAGUUCUGGGCAAGUCUCUCCAACUGUACCCAUGUCCUAUAGUUCUGGGCAAGUCUCUCCAACUGUACCCAUGCCUUAUAGUUCUGGGCAAGUCUCUCCAACUGUACCCAUGUCUUAUAGUUCUGGGCAUGUCUCUCCAACUGUUCCCAUGUCUUAUAGUUCUGGGCAAGUCUCUCCAACUGUACCCAUGCCUUAUAGUUCUGGGCAAGUCUCUCCAACUGUACCCAUGCCUUAUAGUUCUGGGCAAGUCUCUCCAACUGUACCCAUGCCUUAUAGUUCUGGGCAAGUCUCUCCAACUGUACCCAUGCCUUAUAGUUCUGGGCAAGUCUCUCCAACUGUACCCUAUCCUUAUAGUUCUGGGCAAGUCUCUCCAACUGUACCCAUGUCUUAUAGUUCUGGGCAUGUCUCUCCAACUGUUCCCAUGUCUUAUAGUUCUGGGCAAGUCUCUCCAACUGUACCCAUAUCUUAUAGUUCUGGGCAUGUCUCUCCAACUGUUCCCAUGUCCUAUAGUUCUGGGCAAGUCUCUCCAACUGUCCCCAUGUCUUAUAGUUCUGGGCAUGUCUCUCCAACUGUACCCACAUCUUAUAGUUCUGGGCAAGUCUCUCCAACUGUACCCAUGCCUUAUAGUUCUGGGCAAGUCUCUCCAACUGUUCCCAUGUCCUAUAGUUCUGGGCAAGUCUCUCCAACUGUAACCAUGCCUUAUAUUUCUGGGCAAGUCUCUCCAACUGUACCCAUGCCUUAUAGUUCUGGGCAAGUCUCUCCAACUGUUCCCAUGUCCUAUAGUUCUGGGCAAGUCUCUCCAACUGUACCCAUAUCUUAUAGCUCUGGGCAAGUCUCUCCAACUGUACCCAUGCCUUAUAGUUCUGGGCAAGUCUCUCCAACUGUUCCCAUGUCCUAUAGUUCUGGAAAUGCUCGCCCACCCAUGGAAAGAGUACAAGCUUAUAGUAGCAAUUCUUGUCACUCUCAUUUCAGUCUGGCCAAUAUGCACAGCAUCUAUGGUCUUCUGACACUGAGAAGACUACGCAGGCUCGGAUAUGUCAUCCGCAUGCCAGAUGAAAGAAUCCCUAAAGACAUUGAUAUGCUGAGCUUGCGGAGGGAGUAA